GUUCCUGUCAGAACAUAUGUGUCUCUGUGUGACUCUUGUGGCUUUCCCGCCUUCUUGCUUCUGGACUAAAUCCUGGGAUAAAGCCUCCAGAACUGACAUUUUUUCAACAGCCUUAUAUGUUUUGCCAUUGCCCCCAUAAAAGAGGCAGCUGUCAUAUGUUACUUCAAAUCACAGGACCACAAAAUAUGUGCAAGUGUGUCUGUCCUAUUGUGUGCUGCUUCUCUGAGGCAGAGGAUUUCCUUUGUGAUCUUGCACUGGGAAUCUGUGCUCUCUGGAGGCGACCAUAUCAGCGAAUGUUUGACCUGGCUGUCAUGAUGGGAUGGGGAGAUCUCGGUGUGUUAGGUGAACCCUCCAAAGAGACCCCUAAUAUGGAUCAGAUGGCAUCAGAGGGCAUCCUUUUCCCAGAUUUUUACACAGCCAAUCCUCUGUGCUCCCCAUCCAGAGCGUCUUUACUAACUGGACGCCUUCCAAUACGGAAUGGUUUCUAUACUACAAAUGACCAUGCCAGGAAUGCUUACACACCACAAGAGAUACUAGGUGGGAUUCCGGAAUCUGAGUUGCUGCUACCGGAGCUGCUGAGGAAGGCUGGAUACAUCAAUAAAAUUAUCGGCAAAUGGCAUUUGGGGCACAGAAGAAAAUAUCACCCACUAAGUCGUGGUUUUGAUGAAUGGUUUGGUUCUCCCAACUGCCAUUUUGGCCCAUAUGAUAACCAAGAACGUCCAAAUAUACCAAUGUACAAGAACUGGGAGAUGAUUGGAAGAUAUUAUGAAGACAUAUAUAUUAAUCACAAGACAGGAGAGUCAAACCUAACUCAGAUAUACUUACAGGAAGCCAUCAAUUUUAUUAGCAAGUAUGGGAUUUCCGAGAAGCCAUUCUUUAUGUACUGGGCAAUUGAUGCCACUCACGCUCCUGUGUAUGCCUCCCGUCCUUUCCUGGGAACAAGUCAACGAGGAUUGUAUGGAGAUGCAGUUCGUGAAAUUGACUUCAGCAUAGGGAAAAUCUUGGAGCUCCUAAAGAACUUGGGAAUUGCCAAAGACACUUUUGUGUUUUUCACAUCUGACAAUGGAGCUGCACUUAUCUCUGCUCCAAACCAAGGUGGCAGUAACUCUCCUUUUCUUUGUGGAAAGCAGACAACAUUUGAGGGCGGUAUGAGAGUGCCUGGCAUUGCCUGGUGGCCAGGACACUUGGCUGCUGGUACGGUGAGCCACCAGCUGGCCAACAUCAUGGAUCUGUUUACAACAAGCUUGGUUCUGGCAGGACUGGACCCUCCUGCAGACCGACAAAUAGAUGGAAUUGACCUAUCACCUGUCAUCCUGGAAGGCAAAGAAAUUGAGAGGCCAAUAUUCUAUUAUCGUGGUAAUGAGCUCAUGGCAGUCCGGUUGGGGCCAUACAAGGCACAUUAUUGGACCUGGAGUAACUCAUGGGAGGAACUGUCCCAGGGUAUUAAUUUCUGUCCUGGACAGAAUGUUACUGGCGUCACAACACAUGACCAAGUGGAGAACAUUAAGCCUCUUUUGUUCCAUUUGGGAAGAGAUCCUGGUGAAAAGUAUCCCAUAAGAAUAUCAAGUGUUGAGUACCAGACUGCAAUGUUAGAAAUUUCCCCUGUGGUUAGUAAGCACAAGGACUCCAUGAUUCCAGGGGAACCUCAGCUGAAUGUAUGUGACCUAGCUGUUAUGAACUGGUCGCCGCCUGGAUGUGAGAAGCUUGGGAAGUGCCUGACCCCUCCAGAGUCAAAGCCAUGGAAAUGUAUCUGGCCCCACUGAUCAGUUUCCAGAUUUGCAUUAUAGUCGGACAUUGAUUCCUACCUCCAAAGCAGCGAUUAGAGCAUCGCUUUCCUGACAUUUUGAAUUCUUACUACUUUGUUUUAGCCAUUCAUAAAAUUUAGCAUGCCUUCAGGAAACUGUAAGACAGGGCUGUAGGGACCAGCAUAGUAUCAACCAAAGGUCUUGUUCCACAACACAAUGCCAGUUAAAAAAGAAAACAACCUUGCAAUCAUGUGACUAUUGCAUGUCUGGCAUUUGAAAACCCAAGACACCACCAAGGGAUAGCCACUCAAAUUGCCUGUAGUAUAUUACACUCCAGACAUUCAGAUCAUUGGCUGAUUAUGUGAUACAUAACUUUCUCUCUGCUAUAGCUCACAGAAAUCUAUGUGCAUGGGUUCUAAUAGAGCAAUAACUAAUUUUACAUAGUGGUGAAAUAAUGCACUAUGCUAGAAUAUCUACAAACAAUUUUCUUUACAUAGGUUGUGGAAGCAAAGUGUUUGGUUACUCAUUCUGUAAAACAUCAGGGUAACAUGGUUUUUGAGAGUCUAGAAAGAAGAGGAAAUGGAUUAUAAACAUAAUAAGUUCAGACUACACAGAGAUUGUUUGUAGUCUGUAACUAAAGAGACACUUAGGAAGUUUAGAUAUAAAUUGGUAGGAUAUCCAAAUUAUCUGCAGUGUUGCUUCAUAUAUUUUAGAUUAUUGAGCCAAGCAAGAAAAUGAUUGUGAAGGUGGACAGAGUAUUUAAGCACUUUAAUGAUAAAGGGACUCUAGGAAACUGGUGCCAAACUGCUGGCAUGGUUACUAAGUGGUGUGGCCAAGAGACUGAGGUUCUCCUGCUCUGUAUCACCUCUUUUCUUAGUGCCAUAAGAUGAUUUUCUUAGAGGCUUAGAUAAUUAUAACCUAGAAGGAAAUAUCAGGUUAUAAAAUAACUCUAUACAUCUGUUGUUGUAUGCUUGAUAUUUAUGAAACAUUUCCCUACCGCAAUAGAGAAAUGUAGGGACCAAUCAGAUUCCAGCUGUCAUUUUUUCCAUUUCUGGUUAUAGAAGAUAAAAGUAGCGAUCUGAUUGGCUGCUGUAAAGUGCCCUUUUUUAUAAAUAGCUUUAUAGCCUGCUGUUAGGUGCUCCAUGUGAAUUACCGUGAGAUUGAUAGUUGUAUCAUUGUGUUGUAUGUGCACAAAGCAAUGCUUGAAUUGAAAUACGCUAACCAUGCAAACCAUUUGAAAUAAAGACUUUAGGCU